AUGAGCCUCCUCAAAAAUCUUUCUCUUUCCAGACCAGAGAAUGAAGCCGGUAAAGCAUGGCCUGCGAUUGGUGUCGGCCUGUUCGUUGCGUUUGGUGGUACUAUCAGUGGUAUUUUGGCGAUGCCAUACUGGCAACAGCUUUUCAGCACCGGGCAUGUGGACGCGGAAGGCAACCCGAACAUCACGACAUCCCAGGAAUCUGCCAUUGUGUCCAUUCUUUCUGCUGGCACGUUCUUCGGCGCCCUGUUUUCUCCCCUCCUCUCGGAUUAUAUCGGCCGUCGCAUGGGAUUGAUGAUCUCAACUUGGGUUUUCAACCUAGGCGUUGUGCUUCACACUAUUGCCACGUCUAUUCCGCUGUUCUUGGCCGGCCGCUUCUUCGCUGGUCUUGGUGUUGGUCUCAUAUCUGCCAUGAUUCCUCUUUACCAGUCCGAGACAGCCCCCAAAUGGAUUCGUGGAUUUAUCGUCGGAGCUUAUCAAUGGGCCAUCACCAUUGGCCUCCUGCUUGCGGCUGUUGUCAAUAAUGCCACGGCGCGCCGUGAUGACUCUGGAUCGUACCGUAUCCCUAUUGGCAUUCAAUUGGCAUGGUCUCUUAUCCUUUUCUCUGGCUUGCUCAUUCUUCCCGAAACACCACGAUUCUUGAUUAAGAAAGACAAUGCCGAGCAAGCCGCGAAGUCGCUAAGUCGUCUGCGACGCCUGCCUACGGAUCAUCAAGCCAUUGUGGCAGAACUGGCCGAAGUCCACGCGAACCACGAGUUUGAGAUGCGCAUGGGCCAAGGCUCAUAUCUUGACUGCUUCAAGCCCCCUAUCCUCAAAAGGCAGCUCACCGGCAUGGCCUUGCAAGCCUUGCAGCAACUGACUGGCAUAAACUUUAUCUUCUACUACGGCACCAAAUACUUUGAGAACUCUGGAGUGUCGAGUGGGUUCACCGUCUCCAUGAUCACGUCCGCCAUCAAUGUUGCAUCCACCAUCCCCGGCAUGUAUGCGGUUGAUAAAUGGGGGCGAAGACCGCUUCUACUUUGGGGCGCUAUCGGCAUGUGCAUCUCUCAGCUUAUUGUUGCUGUUUCGGGCACAGUUUCGUCGGGCCAGCACGAAAACGGCGAAAUCUUUGUGAAAAGCCUGGGAGGGCAGAGGGCUGCUGUGUCCUUCGUCUGCAUUUACAUCUUUUUCUUUGCAUCGACUUGGGGACCCUUGGCCUGGGUAGUCACAGGCGAGAUCUUUCCCCUCAAGACGCGCGCCAAGUCACUUAGCAUCACCACAGCCACCAACUGGCUGCUGAACUGGGCCAUUGCUUAUUCUACCCCAUACCUCGUCAACUACGGAGAAGGUUACGCCAAUCUGCAAUCUAAGAUCUUCUUCGUAUGGUUCGGCGCCUGCUUUAUCUGCAUCAUUUUUGUCUGGCUCAUGAUCUACGAGACAAAGGGACUCAGUCUGGAAGAAGUGGACCAGCUUUACGAGGAGGUUCGCGACGCCCGCAAGUCUUCUCAAUGGAAGCCCACCCCGUCUUGGGACAAUGACACCAAGAAACAAGGUAACGACAUUGCCUUGGGAGAAGUAGAGCAUACUGCUGCUGAAGGCCCCCCUCAACCUGACAGACACUAA